GGCAAGCAAAAGAGCUCCGCUUCCAGCUUUCCACUCCACCUUUUUAGUGUCUAGGAACUGGAGGAGUACCAGGAACAAUCAAUCCCCCACUCGUGGGUAUCGUCAUUUCCCCAUGCCAGAACCAGACGAGAACACCGGUUAACACUUGACGAGUUCUUCCGUCCGAGGCCAUAGAAAAGGAACGCGACAGAAGACAUCAGUCUUGGAAUCUUUCAAACGUACAACGUAUCCUCUUUUCACAACUAAAACAACUAAUUCGAUCUUCAGAGCUAGCUGAUACACCGUUUGCUGUUCACCGUUCACUGUUCACUCUUCACUAUUUUCUACUUCAAUCUCAUUAUAAGAUCGAAAAAUGGCCGGAAAGGAUAGCAGUAACUCUCGAGGUCCACCCCCUACUGGUCUCCCGGGCGUGGAAAAGCUUCCUGAUGGAUUGCAAAAAAUCGUAGAUAAAGCAGAUACCGAGGAUAACUUCUAUGAUGAGCUUUAUGAUGGAUACGCUCCUCAGACCACCGAAAGCAAUAUUAGAUACGCGGCAUAUGCUACUCGCAUUCGAACAGCCCUAUUAUCUGCGCAACGAUAUGUAGCUUAUACAUCAGACAUCGGGGAGUCGUUUCGACCGGUAGCUCAUCCAAACUGGGUUCGAGCAGCUUAUGGCGUUUCAUGGGCCUAUCUCAUUGGCGAUGUCACACAUGAGGGAUACAAGGCAUACUGUAGGAAUCAGGAAGUUUUGCAUCCGGAACUUCCACGAGAGGCUAUGCACGAUCGAUACAAUGAUGCAAAAACCGAUCUUAAGAUAGUCGCCAAUGAGAGCGGGGUGUCACUAAAACCUCGUCAAGUUGCACCACUAGAAGACUAUAGGACAGUAAUGGCACAGCGUGCCCUAUUCCAAGGAAUUGCUUCAAUGGGUCUACCUGCCUUUACCAUUCAUUCCAUUGUGCGGUAUUCCGGUAAAUACAUGAAGAAUGUCAAGAAUGUAAGGAUUAGAACAUGGGGACCCAUAGGUUUGGGGCUGGCUGCUGUACCCGCUUUACCUUUCUUGUUUGACAAGCCUGUCGAGGAAGCAGUUGAAUUUGUAUUCCAUAAAGGCUUCGAGACCUUCGGCGGUAAGCCUGCCGUAGGUAACGCACCUGUCACGGGUCGGGAGCAUUUGUUAGAGCGACCCGAGAAGGCGAAGAAAGAAAAAGAAUUGUGACGAAUAGUUAUCUUUAAAAUUCGGAGCAUGGCGUUUAGGGGACAUCCAUCUCUAUUGGUAUUGGGUCAGCAAAAUAUCAACUCUA